AUGUUAAACAGAAUUUUAGCAAAAUUGGAGGACCCACAACGUCCUCUACUAGGACCAAAUUACAGUGCCCUACGUUUUUGGGGGCUUUUAUUACCAGAAAAAAUAACAAAAAGAAUCUUUUAUUUGUUCAUGCAUUUUCUUGUAACUUUUUUUACAGCCACUGAAUAUGUCGACAUCUGGUUUGUAAAAGAUGACAUAAACCUACUUCUUAACAAUAUUAAAAUAACAUUCCUAGCUACCGUAAGCGUUGCUAAGGUCAUAACAUUUUUAUCCCGACAGAAAGAUUGGAAGGCUAUCAUAGAAUACGUGAAUAAAGCAGACUUAGCUCAAAGAGGAAGCAAUAAUGUUCGGAAGAAUACAAUCAUUUGGAAAUAUACAAAAUAUUGCAGAAAAAUCACAUAUCUUUAUUGGUCUUUAAUGUAUACAACAGUUAUUAUAGUGAUGGGUCAACCGAUGUUCAAAUUCUUUUGUUCGGAAGAGUACAGAAAUAAUGUUCAAAAUGGUACAGAGACUUAUGUACAAGUCGUCAGUUCUUGGGUACCAUUUGAUAAGAAUACAGUUGCUGGUCAUAUUGCAGCAUCUAUAUUUCAAAGUUAUGCUGCUAUUUACGGCGGUGGCUGGAUAACAUCAUUUGACACAAAUGCUAUUGUAAUUAUGGUAUUCUUCAAAGCGGAACUUGAGAUGUUGAGAAUAGAUUCAAGCCGUUUAUUUGGUGAUAACGGUGAUAGUUUGAAUGAAGAGGAUACUGUUAAGAUAUUGAAAGAUUGUCAUAGAAGACAUGUGGAGUUAUUGCGAUAUACACAGUUGUUUGAUUCCUGCUUGUCUCCCAUUAUGUUGCUGUAUAUGUUUGUCUGUUCAGUAAUGCUCUGCGCAACUGCCUAUCAAAUUACAGUUGAAACAAAUCCAAUGCAACAAUUCCUGAUAGCAGAAUAUUUAAUUUUUGGAAUAGCUCAGCUCUUCAUGUACUGCUGGCAUAGCAAUGAUGUUUACUUUGCGAGUAAAUAUUUAAUGCUUGGUCCUUAUGAAAGCGGGUGGUGGUUACAAAAUGCAACUAAACAAAACCACAUUAUCAUUUUAGCGGAUCAGUUUAACAAAAAUAUUGUCUUUACUGCGGGACCCUUCAAUGAUCUAAGUGUAUCUACAUUUAUUAAUAUUUUGAAAGCAGCAUACAGUUAUUAUACUUUACUGAAAUAA